AAAUGAAUUUGGUUUCGAGUGUGUCAUCGGCGAGGAUGAAGAAAUCCAAAAUCUAUUACAUAACCAUCGUGACGUUCCUCUGCCUCGCCAGCUACCUCUUUGGGAUAUGGCAGCACUCUCGGGCGGUGAUCCCACGCGCCACCGUCGACGACACCUCCGCUGUCGGAUGCGUUGGAUUGAACAAGACCCUUAUGCCUCGGGAUCUCGAUUUCGCAGCACACCAUACGGCGGAGGACCCACCUCCCACGGCGGCGCGUGAAGUCACUUUCCCGGCGUGCGACGUGAAGCUGAGCGAGUACACGCCGUGCGAGGACCAGAAGAGAUCGCUGAAGUUCCCGAGGGAGAGACUCGAGUACAGAGAGAGGCAUUGCCCUGAGAGAGACGAGGUCCUACGCUGUCGGAUUCCGGCGCCGUACGGUUACAAGAUGCCGUUCCGUUGGCCGGAAAGCCGUGACGUGUCAUGGUUCGCCAACGUGCCACACACGGAGCUCACGGUGGAGAAGAAGGACCAGAACUGGGUCCGGUACGAGAACGACCGGUUCUGGUUUCCCGGGGGCGGCACGAUGUUUCCACGUGGCGCCGACGCGUACAUCGAUGAUAUCGGACGGCUCAUUGAUCUCACCGAUGGAUCCAUCCGUACAGCCAUUGACACCGGCUGCGGGGUGGCGAGUUUUGGGGCAUAUCUUCUGUCAAGAAACAUAAUAACAAUGUCGUUUGCACCAAGAGACACACACGAAGCUCAAGUGCAGUUUGCUCUAGAGAGAGGCGUACCUGCAAUGAUCGGAAUAAUGGCCACAAUUCGGCUGCCUUACCCUUCUCGUGCUUUCGACUUGGCUCAUUGCUCUCGUUGUCUCAUCCCGUGGGGACAGCAUGAUGGGACUUAUCUGAUGGAGGUUGAUCGUGUUCUAAGGCCAGGAGGGUAUUGGAUAUUGUCGGGGCCGCCCAUCAAUUGGCAGAACCGAUGGAAAGGGUGGGAAAGGACGAUGGAAGAUCUGGAAUCCGAACAGACUCAAAUCGAGCGUGUUGCGAGAAACUUGUGCUGGAAAAAACUCGUGCAGAAAGACGAUCUCGCGAUUUGGCAGAAGCCCUUUAACCACAUUCACUGCAAGAAAACCAGACAGAAGCUUAAUAAACCAAAAUUCUGCAUGAAUCCUGAUCCAGACAUGGCUUGGUAUACGAAGCUGGAGAUAUGUCUGACGCCAUUGCCAGAAGUCAGAGAGACCAAACUGGAGAAAUGGCCGGCGAGACUCAAUGCAGUUCCUCCGAGAAUAAGCAGUGGCCAAGUGGAGGGGAUCACGAAGGAUAUUUUCUUGGAGAACACGCAACUGUGGAAAACUAGGGUUUCUUAUUACAAGACAUUAGACAACCAAUUAGCCGAAAGAGGAAGAUACCGAAACUUGCUCGACAUGAACGCUUACUUAGGAGGCUUCGCAGCUGCUCUCGUUGACGAUCCUGUCUGGGUCAUGAACAUCGUGCCGGUUGAGUCCAGUGUCAACACACUUGGUGUCGUUUACGAACGCGGUCUAAUUGGAACCUACCAGAACUGGUGCGAAGCCAUGUCUACGUACCCGAGAACGUACGAUUUCAUACACGCCGAUUCGGUAUUCAGCUUGUACCGGGAGAAAUGCGAACCGGAGGAUAUAUUGGUGGAGAUGGACCGGAUUUUGAGACCAGGAGGUGGAAUAAUAAUCAGAGACGAUGUUGAUAUCUUGAUUCAGGUCAGCAGAAUAACCAAAGGGUUGCAGUGGCAAGGAAGAAUAGCCGACCACGAGAAGGGACCUCACCAAAGAGAGAAGAUUUUGUACGCUGUGAAGCAGUACUGGACUGCUCCUGAACCUGCGAACUACACUGCUUCUCUUUCAUGAUUGCUUUGUUUUUUUUAUUUUAAUGAUUU